AUGACUUUGACCGAAGGAUACAGUGAUAAGACGUUGGAAGCAUUCGUAUCGUUUCCUUCACCUUACACUCAAUCGUUGCUGGUUCAAGCUUUGGUCUCUGUACUACCUUCACUGAAGCUCUCAUUGGCUCCAUAUCCUGAAGAUCAGCCUCCUGCGCUACAAUGGGCAGAUUACGAUCUACUUUCAUUUGAUAAACCACAUUCCAACCCAACAAAAUACCUGAUAUCAUCAUAUAUAUAUCGCAAGGCGUUAAUAAGGAAACAUCAAUUACAUUCAACGAUAAUCGCUUAUUUGGCAAAAUGUGAUCAUAGAGGAAUCGAAAGUGUCUUGAAAAAAGGUGGUGUACCAAAAGGAUGGAAUGUGGAAAUUCAAUUCAUGGAUGAAUUAGAUGAAUUGUUAUUAGACGAUCUAUAUGAUUUAUACGAAGGAUUGAAAGAGAAUGAGGAGAAAUUGGAUCAAGACAGAAAAUGGUUUAUAUUAAAGCCUGGAUUCGCAGAUCGCGCUCAAGGUAUAAGAAUGUUCUCUACUGAAGAUCAAUUGCGAGCAAUCUUCCAAGAGUUUGAACCCCCUUCUUCAGAUGAAGGGGACUAUGACGACGAAAAUGAUGAGGAAGAGAUGGAAACAACGGAAGCGGACGAGGAAAAUGCAGCCUCAGUCGACGGGAUGAUCGACGUACUCGCUAGGAAAGCUGCUGAAAUGGGAUUUGACGGUGAAGAGGAAGACAAUCGACAAUUUGAUGUAGAGGACCACGACGAAGAUGAAGAAGAAGAAGAAGAGGAAGAUGGGACUGGAGUCAUGACGUCUCAAUUAAGGCAUUUCGUCAUUCAAGAAUAUAUGCCUGAUCCUGUUUUAUUUGAUAUCGCCCAACAAUCACAUCAACCCUCACUUUUCCUAGAAGGAUAUAAAUUUCACCUCCGAGCUUACGUCCUCGUCACAGCAGCAUAUACAGUCCAUCUAUCUCGAACUAUGUUGGCUCUUUUCUCCGGUUCUCCAUAUGCAUCACCUGUGUCGUCAUCAGACGGAGAAGAAAUGGAUCUAAAACCACAUUUGACGAAUACGUGUCUACAAACAGACGCGUUUGGGGCACCUGCACCACCAGAAGAACUGGUGAAGCUCUUUUGGGAAUUAGAAGGUCUCGAUGCUCUCUCUUUGUCUCGAGGAGGAAAGUAUGAACCAAAAGGGAAAGUCACGAAAGAAUGGCUAGAGAAAGUGUUCGAGAAGAGUGGAGAAGUUAUAAGUGAAGCUGUUAAAGCAGGAGCGGAAUGCGGUAGUUUCGGAUUACAAUUCAUGCCUAAUGCUUUUGAGAUAUUUGGAGUAGAUCUUAUUCUUUCUUUCCCUUCUUCAUCCUCUUCUACCCCUGAAGAAACAUUAGGAGAAUUACCUAUACCGACAGUAACAUUACUUGAAUUCAACGCAUCACCGGAUUUUCAUCAAUCUGGCUUAAGAUUUAAGAAAGAUUUAUUGGAGAUGUUCAAAGGUGUUAUCAGAAUAUCGAUAGCACCUUUCUUUGGAUUGACGAUAUCAGAUGACGAUGACGAGACCAAUGAAGGCAAAGAGACUGUAGAGUGGAAAGUGGGAGAAGAAAGGUAUAAUUGGACAUUGGUUGGGAAAGGUGCAAUUAGAGGAUCGGGGUGGUAG